AUGGAGAUCAGGGAUGGAGCUGAGCUCUGCUUCCCUCUGCUGCGGAACAGCUCCUGCAGGAGGCCCAGCCUCCACUGGUCCGAAGCCGUGCUCCUCAACAUCCUGCUGGCCUUCAUCUCCCUGAUCACCGUGACUCUCAACCUGCUCGUCAUCAUCUCCAUCUCCCACUUCAGGCAGGGACACCUUCAGCAGCUCCACACACCAACCAACAUCAUCCUCCUCUCUCUGGCUGUCUCCGACUUUCUUGUCGGUCUCCUGUUGAUGCCUUUAGAAAUCUUUAGGAAAAACACGUGCUGGACCCUCGGUGAUGUCGUGUGUGUUCUUUAUGGUUAUCUGGUCUGCUACAUUGUCUCAGCUUCAAUAGGUAACAUUGUGCUCAUAUCAGUUGACCGGUACGUCGCCAUUUGCGACCCUCUGCAUUACCCCGCCAGGAUCACCGUGACCAAAGUGAAAUGCAGCGUUUGCUUCUGCUGGCUCUGGUACGCUUUGUACAGCGUGGUCUACAUGAAGGACGAUCUGAUUCAACCCGGUCGGAGCAAUUCCUGUUUCGGAGAGUGCACCCUCGUCAUCAAUUACGUUACGGGAGUCGUUGACCUUUUUGUGAAUUUUAUACUGCCAGUCACGGUCAUCGUGGUUCUGUAUGUGAGAAUAUUCGCGGUGGCGGUGUCUCAUGCCGGCUUCGUACGGUCUCGUGUUACAGACACCACCCUCCAGCAUUCACUGACUAUAACAAAAAGGAAAUCUGAGCUGAAAGCGGCCAAGACCCUCGCUGUUCUUGUCUUUGUGUAUUUGGUGUGUUUUUGCCCAUUUUAUUGUUACUCCCUGGUUGAGGUUAAUUUGACCAGUACUUCUUACGCCUCUUUUUUGUUCUUUCUGUUUUAUUGUAACUCGUGCCUUAACCCUUUGAUCUACGCGCUGUUUUACUCCUGGUUCAGAAAGGCCGUUAAACUCACCGUCACUCUGCAGAUUCUGCAGCCCGGCUCCUGUGAGGCCAACAUACUCUGUUGCACAAAGGAAAGGCGGAGUGCAGCUCUCUGCAUCUCUCUUCAGAUGGAGAUCCAGGUGGAAGCAGACCUCUGCUUUCCACAACUCCACAACACAUCCUGCAAAAAGCCUGCGACUCCAUGGGCCGAAGCCUUGCUCCUUCAGACUGUGCUGUCCGUCAUCGCUCUGCUCACCGUGGUUCUCAACCUGCUCCUCCACACGCCCACUAACAUCCUCCUCCUCUCUCUGGCUGUGUCAGACUUUCUUGUCGGUCUCGUGUUGAUGCCGGGAGAAAUCAUGAGAAACACGGCCUGCUGGAUUCUCGGUGACUUCAUGUGUUCUCUCGAUAAUUACCUGUCCUACAUCAUCACCUCCGCGUCUGUGGGAGACAUGGUGCUCAUAUCAAUCGACCGCUAUGUGGCCAUUUGUGACCCUCUGCAUUACCCAGCCAGAUUCACAGAGAGAAAAGUCCAAAUCUGUGUGUGUCUGUGUUGGCUCUGCUCUGUUCUCUACAACAUUUUACUCGUAAAAGGCGACCUGGCUCAGCCGGGCAGACACAGUUCUUGUGAUGGAAGGUGUGUGAUCGUUGUUGAAUACGUUACAGGAACUGUAGACAUGGUCACAACGUUCAUCGCUCCGGUCACAGUCAUCGUUGUUUUGUAUUUGAGAGUAUUCGUGGUGGCCGUGACUCAGGCUCGGGCCGUGCGUUCUCACGUCACGGGCAUCUCCCUGCAGCUGUCCAUGAGUCAGACAAGGAAAUCUGAGCUCAAAGCAGCCAGGACUCUGGGUGUACUGAUUAUUGUGUUUCUCAUGUGUUUCUGCCCGUACUACUGUGUGUCUCUUGCAGGGGAUGAUUUGCUCAGCGGCUCAUAUGCAUCCUACGUACUCUUUCUGUUCUAUUCAAACUCGUGCCUAAACCCUCUGAUCUAUGCACUGUUUUAUCCCUGGUUUCGAAAAGCAGUUAAACUCAUCAUGGAGCUCCAGGAAGUGGCAGACCUCUGCUUUCCACAUCUCUCUAACAGCUCCUGCAGGAAGCCUGCGCCUCCUUGGGCUGAUGUUGUGCUGCUUCACAUCCUGCCGUCCUUCAUCUCUGUGCUCACGGUGGUUCUGAACCUGCUGCUCCACACACCCACUAACAUCAUCCUCCUCUCUCUGGCCGUGUCAGACUUUCUCAUGGGUCUCCUGCUGAUGCCCGUAGAAAUCCUCAGAAACACGGCCUGCUGGUUUCUUGGUGACUUUCUGUGUUCUCUGUACAGUUCUUUGUCCUUCGUCAUCACUUCGGCCUCCGUUGGAGACAUGGUGCUCAUAUCAGUGGAUCGCUACGUGGCCAUUUGUGACCCCCUGCAUUACUCAUCCAGAGUGAAUGAAAACAGAGUCAAAUUCUGUGUCUGUCUGUGUUGGUUCUGCUCGGUUUGCUUUGGCACCCUCCUUGUAAUAGAUGACUUUAAAAAACCAGGGAGAUAUAAUUCCUGCCAGGGAGAAUGCCAGAUUAAUAUAGACUAUAUUCCAGGAACCAUUGACAUCGUUGUGAGCUUUAUACUUCCAGUCACAGUCAUCGUAGUCCUGUACAUGAGAGUGUUUGUGGUGGCUGUGUCUCAGGCUCGGGCCGUGCGCUCUCACGUUACGGCUGUAAACGUGCAGCUUUCAGUGAGGAAAUCUGAGUUAAAAGCUGCCAGGACUCUGGGCGUCCUGGUAGUUGUGUUUCUGAUAUGUUUCGUCCCAUAUUACUGUGUUUCGCUUGUAGGGGAUGUUUUGUUGAGCGGCUCCAAUACAUUUUAUAUUCUUAUCCUUUUCCUUUUCUAUUUUAACUCCACUCUAAACCCUGUGAUCUAUGCACUUUUCUACCCCUGGUUUAGGAAAGCAGUGCAGCAUGUUGUGACUCUGAGGAUAUUGCAGCCUGGGUCCCAUGACUUUAAAAAACCAGGGAGAUAUAAUUCCUGCCAGGGAGAAUGUCAGAUUAAUAUUGACUAUAUUCCAGGAACCAUUGACAUCGUUGUGAGCUUUAUACUUCCAGUUACUGUCAUCGUAGUCCUGUAUAUGAGAGUGUUCGUGGUGGCUGUGUCUCAGGCUCGGGCCGUGCGCUCUCACGUUACGGCUGUAAACGUGCAACUUUCAGUGAGGAAAUCUGAGUUAAAAGCUGCCAGGACUCUGGGCGUCCUGGUGGUUGUGUUUCUGAUAUGUUUCGUCCCAUAUUACUGUGUUUCUCUUGUAGGGGACGUUUUGUUGAGCGGCUCCAAUACAUUUUAUAUUCUUAUCCUUUUCCUUUUCUAUUUUAACUCCACUCUAAACCCAGUGAUCUAUGCACUUUUCUACCCCUGGUUUAGGAAAGCAGUGCAGCAUGUUCUGACUCUAAGGAUAUUGCAGCCUGGGUCCCAGAGCAGUCGGGGUUUCAACUCUCUGAAGAUGGAGGUCUGGGAAACAACAGAGCUCUGUUUUCCUCAUCUCUCUAACAGCUCCUGCAGAAAGCCUGCGUAUUCCAUUGGUGAAGUGGUACUCCUGCAGAUCACGUUGUCCUUCGUCUCUGUGCUCACUGUGAUUCUCAAUCUGCUCCUCCACACGCCCACUAACAUCCUCCUCCUCUCUCUGGCUGUGUCAGAUUGUCUUGUCGGACUCCUGUUGAUACCAGGAGAAAUCCUCAGAAACAUAACCUGCUGGUAUCUUGGUGAUAUUGCCUGUUUUAUUUUUGUCUACAUAUCCUACAUCAUUACCUCUGCCUCUGUUGGAGACAUGGUGCUGAUUUCCAUUGACCGCUAUGUGGCCAUUUGUCAGCCUCUGCAUUACCAGACCAGAGUGACAGGGAAAAGAGUUAAAGUGUGUGUGUGUCUGUGUUGGCUCUGCUCUGUCCUCUUCUGCAUUUUAUUCAUAAAAGAUGACCUGACUCAGUUAGGUAAACACAAUUCCUGUUAUGGAGAAUGCAUAUUUUAUUUAGAUUACAUUAUGGGAACCAUAGAUGUUGUCUUAACCUUCAUAUUUCCAGUUACAGUCAUCACAGUUUUGUACAUGAAAGUGUUUGUGGUGGCUGUUUCUCAGGCUCGUGCCAUGCGCUCUCAUGUUGGAGCUGCCAAAGUCCAGCUUUCAGUCACUAUACAAUCAAGAAAAUCUGAGUUGAAAGCAGCCAGAACUCUUGGUGUUCUCAUAAUUGUCUUUCUGAUAUGUUUCUGUCCAUAUUACUGUUUCUCUUUUGUGAGCUUUGAUUUCCUUAAUAAUGCGUCCUCGUCAUUUGUGCAUUAUCUUUUCUAUUUGAACUCCUGUCUGAACCCAAUGAUUUAUUCACUCUUCUAUCCCUGGUUCAGAAAAGCAGUUACAUUAACAUUAAGUCUUCAGAUAUUGAAGCCUGGCUCCAAGAGCAGUCGGGGCUUCAGCUCUCUGAAGAUGGAGAUCUGGGAAACAACAGAGCUCUGUUUUCCUCAUCUCUCUAACAGCUCCUGCAGAAAGCCUGCGUAUUCCAUUGGUGAAGUGGUACUCCUGCAGAUCACGUUGUCCUUCGUCUCUGUGCUCACUGUGAUUCUCAAUCUGCUCAUGUACAGGUUUGUUUUUAAAUGUUCUUCUCUGUCUCCUUCCAGGCAGCUCCACACGCCCACUAACAUCCUCCUCCUCUCUCUGGCUGUCUCAGAUUGUCUUGUUGGACUCUUGUUGCUACCAGGAGAAAUCCUCAGAAACACUGCCUGCUGGUUUCUUGGUGACUUUUCUUGUUGUAUUUUUAUGUACAUAUCCUACAUCAUCACCUCUGCCUCUGUUGGAGACAUGGUGCUGAUUUCCAUUGACCGCUAUGUGGCCAUUUGUCAGCCUCUGCAUUACCAGACCAGAGUGACAGAGAAAAGAGUUAAAGUGUGUGUGUGUCUGUGUUGGCUCUGUUCUGUCCUGUACAGCAUUUUAUUCAUAGAAGAUGACCUGACUCAGUUAGGCAUACAUAAUUCCUGUUAUGGAGAAUGCAUAUUUUAUAUAGAUUACAUGAUAGGAACCGUAGAUAUUGUCUUAACCUUUAUACUUCCAGUUACAGUCAUUACAGUUUUGUACAUGAAAGUAUUUGUGGUGGCUGUUUCUCAGGCUCGUGCCAUGCGCUCUCAUGUUGGAGCUGCCAAAGUCCAGCUUUCAGUCACUAUACAAUCAAGAAAAUCUGAGUUGAAAGCAGCCAGAACUCUUGGUGUUCUCAUAAUUGUCUUUCUGAUAUGUUUCUGUCCAUAUUACUGUUUCUCUUUUGUGAGCUUUGAUUUCCUUAAUAAUGCGUCCUCGUCAUUUGUGCAUUAUCUUUUCUAUUUGAACUCCUGUCUGAACCCAAUGAUUUAUUCACUGUUCUAUCCCUGGUUCAGAAAAGCAGUUACAUUAACAUUAAGUCUUCAGAUAUUGAAGCCUGGCUCCAGUCAGACAAACAUACUGUGUGGGGAUGAGAGGUCAAAGGUCACGCUCAGACAGAAACGUUUCACACAACUGAGACAGCUCAAUUUUGCAAUCAAAUUAGGAAAAGAUAAUAGGUGGGUCAAGAAUCAAAGUAAAAAUGUGAAAGUGACAUCAAGUGGUGAAGAGUUGCAGGAAAAUCAGGAAUAUGUCAUUUGGCUGUCAAAGAGAUAA